GCUGUAAUCGAGUAAAUAAUCUUCCUGAACCACACAUUUCUUGUGCAAGCGACUCAGACAUCAACACUGCUCGCAUCAUGUCUGCCAGUCUAUUGGCUGCGGUGUUGGCUGUCAACAUUCUCCUCUGCUCUGGCGACAACCUGUACGAACACCAUAAACAGAAAAAGUGCGAAAAGAGUUCUAUGUCCGAAGAUUUGCCAGAAAGAGCUGUUAUGACUUCAAUUUUAGGAUAUGCCAUUUUGUGCGACACCAAAACUGAUGGUGGUGGAUGGAUUCUGAUCAUGCGCCGUUGUGUUGGAGAGGUAAACUUUGCAAGACCUUGGUCCGAUUACAGGGACGGAUUUGGCACCUAUGAAGGUGACUUUUGGCAAGGAUUGGAACAAAUACACCAGUUAACAUACAACGGAGGAUGGGAGUUAAGAGUGGACAUGAAGUUUGAAGGCAGAGAUUACUACGCCAACUACAAAUCAUUUAAGAUCGACAGCGAGGACAAUUUCUACAAGCUUCAUGUUGGAGACUUCUCAGGAAACGUUGGGGAUGACCUCAGCUAUCAGAACGGCAUGAAUUUCUCCACAACAGACAGCUCCAGCGCCACAUCAUGUACUAUGUUUUACCGUGGGGGGUGGUGGUACAACUAUUGUCAUCAUACCUAUCUGACCGGCGAAUGGGGAUCGAAAAGUUGGGCAGAAGGUAUCCAUUGGGACUCCUUGUCCACAAGCGACAAAAAUCUCGAUUCGGCGGAAAUGAAAAUCCGAAGUCUAUAACAAGUUGUCAGUUUCCUCGUUGUAAGCCUCCGGGCUUUUGACGCAAUCAUUUUAGGGCUUUCACAAGUUAUUACAGUUUACAAAAAGGUUUAUAAAUACAAAAAGCAAUUAGUCAAUUCAAUAAAAACCAUCAGACUUCACGAGUGGGGUAAGGACUUCCACUUUACACGCCACUCCUGACCAAUAAAUUUUUAUCUAAGGACUACAUGUGUCCUUUCAUUGAACUCCUUCCUAAAAAAUAUUUUAAUUUUUGCUGUCGCUUUGCCUCUUAAAAAAUCUUUUCGAAUAAACGUCUCUUUGAUGC